AUGGAUCAAAUUUUAUUUUGCAUAAAUGAGAAAUGCGCUUCCCAAUCAAGGCUGUUGUUGACGAUGGCAGACGUACCCAAACACAAUGACAAAUCUCAUAAGGUGGUGUAAUUCAAGGAGUUUAAAUCGUAUGUCAUGGAAAAAUAUGGAGAUGCAGAUCUAUAGAAAAUUCAGAAAAUUACAAGCAACGAAAAGGUUAUCAAGGAUGCCAUUUCAAAGAUCAUAAGAGAGGUAAAGGAGAAGUUGGAUUUGUUUGAAAUUAAUGAAAUCAAGUAUUAAAGAAAGAUAAUGAAAAAAUUAUAGGAAGAUGCCGAGUUUACAAUAACUUUCAGAAUAUGUGUGGACUGUGAGGAAAACCGAAAACUUGAAGGACAUAACAGCUGAUUUGUUAAAGACUGUUGUAGAAUUCUAAGUGGAAAAGAUUCCCAAAUACGGUUUCAUUUUGGAACAGAUUGAUGAUCGUAUGAAUAAGUUGAAGACUGAAGUCGCUGGAAUGUUGAAAGCCUAACAAUACGAUUUACAGAUUACCACAUUGGGUAAUGUUAAAUACACAUGGAGUGAUCAAUUUAAGGCCAACAUUUAUGCUAUCAAAGAUGAAGCCAAGAAGGAAAUAGAGGCAACAAGUACAGGAAUAUGUUCAAUAUGAUAGCAUCAUUUAUGGGAUGGUCAUUUGCAUGCAUCCAAUAAUAGUUGACUUCUUAAAAGAGAUGGGAAGCAAAAUUGGAGAUAAGAGCUAUCGAGUCUGAUUAAAAGUUAAUGUAGGGUAGUCAAUUGGGACAGUCUCAAUUGAAGAAACAGUCAUACAGUUUUGCAGUUGGAGUGACACUCUAAAAAAUGAGACAAUAAAAAGGAUUUGAGUAACAAGACUUGGCAACUGUGGGACAUGGCUUUUACUUAAUUAGAUCUGAUGGAUGUAAAUUAUAUUCCUAUUUCAAAAGGGACAUGUCACAAUUCAGAUAAAAACAUAAACUGGAAAUAAGGGUUGACAUUCACUCCAGAACCUAAGGAUUUCAUAUUAAUUAAAUUUGAUCCGACUGAUGGAGAUCUUCUAUUUGAACAAGGCAAGAACAAGUAUUAGAUGAAGGUGGAGAAAUCUUAAAAUGAAGUGUUUUUAUUUUGUGUACACUUAAAAGGGUGCAAGGCCAAGAUAUUGGAUUGAGAGAUGAGCA